CGCCAGCUGACGUAGACUUGGGGGUAUUGUUUUACAAAGGGAGGAUAUAGUGAAAGUGAGCCGAUUAAACACUUUUUUUAGACGCUGUCUUUAGGGUGUGUAGUUUUAUGUAGACAUAUAUAACCGGGGCACUUGGGGCGUGCGAACAUUUCGACGUUAUAGGGGCCUCUAUUUGAUAGACACACUAGUAUUCUUAAGAAAGAACUUGGCCAGACUACACGCCAACGAGUGGCCUUUUCCUUAAAAAGAAAGACAGAGUAAAUGCGCUAGUAUUCACAUGAAGUGUGUUGUCACCUCCUAAAGGCACAGACAAUGAAGCUCUGCCACGUAACGUCAGCAGCUGAGGGGUCUGCGUCGAUGCAGGAGCACCUCCGAGUGCACUUCAUUAGUUGAUCUGAAUUCGAAGUUUUGGGUCUACUGCAUCGCUAAAGCGCUGGUUUACUAUAUCACUAACUUUAACUUGGUCAUCGAUGUCAGCGCAGCGUUAGUUUCUUUGAAGACCUGCUCUUACGAUGAUAGUCGCGAGUAGAUAACACGCAAAGAGACCCGUGUCCUGUAAUGAAAGGGGGGCAGCAAAGCAAACUAGCAUCGCGAACGAGCUAGCUCACAUUUAGCAUCGUGUUCCUUAGCAAAAGCACUGUGAUAGCACACUUUGAGCACCGGUCGUGUGCUUGGUCUUUCUUAGAGGGCGGUGAACGUAAUUGUUAUGUUUCACCCCUUGUAUCCAGUGGCGGUGUUUCUUGCAUUUGACUUGAAUGUAACGUUAGCCGACUACCAUAGAAGCCGGACCUCGUCUCUAUAAAAGGUUGAGAUAGCGCUCGGGGUUUGAACUGGCGUUACGUUAGCAUUUGGCUAACUGGUUAAUUGCGUAGCUGAGCUAGCGCUAAUGUUGUACGGCUGUAGCUAACGCUACCUUUAGUAAGACAGCCCGCUCUCAGCUGCCGUGGCAUUUCAGUGGCAGUAAGGGACAGAGUAGUUUUAUUUAUCGUACACACAUCGUCGAGACCCACAAUGGCAACCGCCACAGGCGAGGCCUUGUUUUUAUUAAAGGAUGUGAAGCCCGGCUCGAAAAACCUGAAUAUCGUAUUCAUCGUGUUGGAAAUCGGACGGGUGACCAAAACCAAAGAUGGUCACGAGGUGCGCUCCUGCAAGGUGGCGGACAAGAGCGGGAGCAUCGCCAUCUCCGUGUGGGACGAACUGGGCAGCCUCAUUCAGCCAGGGGACAUCAUCAAACUGACCAGAGGCUAUGCAUCCAUAUGGAAAGGCUGCCUGACUUUAUACACUGGACGAGGAGGGGACCUACAGAAGAUUGGAGAGUUCUGCAUGGUGUAUUCAGAGGUGCCCAAUUUCAGUGAACCAAACCCAGAUCUGCUAUCCCAGCAAAACAAGUCUGGCAAACCAGACCAGAAUCAGAGGGGAAACUCUCCACCCAAUCAGAAUUCAGGUACACCUGCUCCACCAGGUAACGGCGCCAUCCUGCCCUUUGCCAACAACAACCCAUUGACGGGUGCGUCCCGUGACGCUGGCUUCGGGGGCAUCGGGCGACCCAACGGCCGGUCGCCUGGCAACGGAGCGCCUCCCGCUACCGCUGCAUCGGCUGCAGGACCUACGACCGGCCCAAAGUCUUCAGUUACCAUUAGCAACGGCAGGGACCCACGGCGUGCCAAAAGAUGAGAUUGAGGGUGUGUGUUUGGGGGGGGGGGGGCUUGGGGGAGAACAGUUAUGGAUGUCCCUAGUCCCCCCUGCCCCCUCUUUUUAAAACACUUUUGGCCCUUACCAUCCGGCGCUAUAUCGGCCUUCAAAAUUCUGAAUUAAAUAAGGGACGGCUUGCCUCAUUCUUCUACAUGCUAACCUGGUCAGGUGUGGUGUUUGUCAUCGGUCGUGUGUGAUGGCGACCCACCACCUGACGCUCCAGCUGCACUCGGGCGGCGAGUGGCGGUCGGCCCUCUCGGUGCCCGGUCCUUUCUGCCAAGUCUCACUGGGAGGUUGCGUCCCUGUGCCAGUGUUUCCCCCCCCAGCUCCACUGUCCUCUGCCCCAUCUGUUCUUUUUAAACUACACACUCUACGUGAACACUGCACUUUCUUCCCUUAUUUAAGUCGGAGGGGGUGAAUUUUGCUGUCAUCUCAAUCGGGAGAUGUGUUACGUUUUUGUUUGUUUUUUCAGCAGGAAAAGCCUUAAGAUGGUGAAAUGAGUUGUUGGAUUAAAUGCACGAGCAGAGUAGCUCAGAAGGUCUUCUUCCUUGUUACCAAGCGAAUCCAAAAUGAAUUUGAGAGAGGAAAUGUGUUUAGAAUUAUUAUUUUAAUAAUAGUUAGGAAAAUUGCUAUAAUGUUUUUCUUUUUUUUUAGUUCUACAUAAAUUGUAAUGACCCACACUCGAAGAAUGGCAAUGUUUCACAGAAUUAAUUCUCCAGUAGUUAAUGUAGUCUGAAAGAAAGCCACAUUACUGUUAAAGUAUAUCAAAUGUACAGUAUGUUGAGUUGGUUAAACUGCAUCUACAAUGGUAUAACACGUAUUUGUAAUAAACAAAAUUAGCAAUA